AUGCCAAUAUCACCUCUGACUAUUCCGAAGGAUCCUGUUGAUUUCCCCAAGUUGGCUGAUUUAAAUUUGGGAGAUUUAACUGGGUUAGGACAACACCAAUGUAAUCAACUUGGUGAUGUUAUCUAUGAUAGAUAUAUUGAUGUAAAUUCAAAGACUAAAAUCAAGGGAAUUGUUCCACAUUAUGAAUCAAAACAGUAUAGUUUUAGAUCGACGGAUUUGGAUAGAACAUUGAUGAGUAUGUGGUCCAUUUCAAUGGGCUUAUUUAAAGAAGGAACUGGAAGAAGAGCUAUCGUUAAUUAUAAGGAUGCUCAUGAUAUGGGACGGGAAGUUUUUGCAUUACCGAACGGAACACAGGCAGUUCCUAUUCAUACUGUUUCUGAGGAUAUGGACUCUUUGUUACUUGGAUUUUCAUUUUGUAAUACAGUUUUGAAUAGAAUGAGUAUUAUAAGAUCAUCAAAGGGAUACAUCGAUUUUUUCAAAAAGCAUAGGGUAGUCAUUGAUAAAUUAUAUAACGAAACAGGAUGGAAAGCACAACCAAAUGAUGGAAAUAUUGGAGUUUUAUUUGAUUUACUGACAGUGCAGAGAUCACAUGAUUUAUUAUCAAUUAGAUGGGUUAAUGAAAAUUGGGAAGUCAUAGAUUCCAUUAGAAAUAAUUUUCUUUUAAUGAUCUAUAAUUAUAAUGUCAUUGGAAAAGAAGGAAGUAGUGAAUUGAUCAAGACUCUCAAAUCAAACAUGGACAGUACAACCAAAUACAAGUAUAUUCACUACAGUGCCCACGACACAACUCUUCAAUCUCUCGCUGCUAGUUUGAAAUUAACAAAUGAUUAUCCAUUUUUGGGAUAUCAACCAAAUUAUGGUGCCUGGUUGGCCUUGGAAUUACACGAAAUGACUGACGGUACUGCAGCUGUCAGAAUUGUCCACGGAAAGCAGUACAAUGAUACAAGUACACCUCUCAAAUUAACCUCCUUGGGCUGCAAUACAGAAUUUUGUCCCCUCACCGAGUUUGAAAAGCAUAUUACUCGAGACUCAAUAGUUACCAAUUGGUGUAGAGCUUGUGAUAACUCUCAAAGAAAUAUUUGUGCUUCUGAAUAUCUGAAAAGUUCAGAAGAGUCAUAUAUUGCCUUCCUAGUUUCAACACCAACAUUGGCUUUCACAAAUGCUAUUACCCUUAUUGCCUUGGUGUUUGCUUGUGCUAGAUCAAGAAGACAAAAGUAUAAAGAAAUGGAUUAA